AUGUCAAUACAAUCUCAGGUGUUGCUAAACUCAUUGAAGGUUCUGGAAUAGCCUGUGUGAUUCUCCCAAAAGGGACAAAAUUAAUAAUUAAAGACGCUUUAUACUCCAGUAAAUCACGGAGAAAUCUUUUGAGCUUUAAAGAUAUGCGUCUAAAUGGUUUUCAUAUUGAAACCAUGUCUGAAAAUCAGAAGGAAUAUUUAUGUCUAGCGACAAAUAGAUCUGGCAAUAAAUACAUUUCUGAAAAAAUGCCAGCAUAUUUCUCGGGACUGUAUUAUACAUAUAUCAGUCCAAUUGAGAUAAAUGUGGUAUCUAAAAUUUAUGACCACAAUUCUUUUAUCUUGUGGCAUGACCGUUUAGAUCAUCCAGGCAGCACUAUGAUGCACAAAAUUAUUGAAAAUUCACUUGGACAUUCAUUAACUAAUGUCAAGAUUCCACAAUCAAG